AUGAAGCAGCCGGCCCCCGGUUCCCGAAAGAAGAAAGCCGACAAGAAAGCGGUCCCGACAAAAGAAAAGGCCGAAAGCAAAGGAAAAGAGAAAGUCACUUUCUCGGAACCGCCGCAACAAACUGAGGAUGAAGAGUCGGCUUCCAAUUCUGAAAGAACCGAUACAGAAAAGACCGAUGAUGAAAGAUCGGCCAAUGAAGAAGAGCAUUCGGGCCAGAGCCCCAAUAAUGUCGGACCCGACGCCAACCCUGAGACCACCGAGGGUAGUGAAGAGGGUGGUGAAGAUGCCGGUGAUGAAGGCGACGACAAAGAUAAUGAGGAGGCCGAAGAAGCAGAGGCCGAUAGGAUAUCUCUGAAACUCCUUCAGGGCGCCAAAAAGCGAGCCGAGUCGAUUGAGGAGUUAUACCUGGAAUGGCACGAGCACCGGUUCGGCAAGCCGUAUAACCAAAUCCUACCGGGCUACACAGACGUGGAAUGCCUCCAAAGACUGAAGGAAGUGGAGGACUUAAUCAUGGAUCUCACAAACUCUAAUACAAUUGAAGAGGUAUUACACCGAACCUACCUCUUAAAACCACAGGUACAACUACGGAAGCUAACCACACGCAUCCGGAAGAUUACGGAGGAGUUCGAAGAGGUGGGACCGGAAGACACAUUAACAUCGCGGGUGUUAGAAAGGCUUGAAAAAGCAAAAGGAGACCUUAUUCGAGAAAUUGACCGGCUGGAAGCAAUAUACAGUCAAAGGGAAAUACCGGUCUAUACUGCUCCCCGGAUCGAAACAAGUCCGGAUCACUGCCCAACACCUCCAAGGGAGAAUGCGGUAUCAAAAGAAUCCGAUGAAAGGACGGAUCCUCUUCUCACCGGGCAAUCCCCUCCUCCACAACCGGAAGUCUCCGAAUCAGACUUCACAAAGGAAUGGGUUGAGGGCCGUCUUCAAAGGUUUGAAGACUCAACAGCAAAACGGAUUGAUAGCCAUAUUCAAGAGUUUGAAGACUCCGCGGUUCAGCCAUUCAAGGAGAGAUUCCAAAGAAUCAACUCAGGAACGGCUCUAGAAAUCGACGAAGAUCAACAGGAAGAGGCGGCUCUGCGCAGUAAAUAUUUUAAGCGAACCGUAAUUUUGGAGGAUGCGACCUCCGAGUUAAAGGAAGACUUUGGCCGGCUUGAAAGAGAGACCGAUCAACGAUUGGCGGAGGUUGCUCAAGACCUGGUCAGUACAAUACUCGGACGGGUCUCCGAACUCGAGAAGAAAAAUGAGGGUCUCGAGGCCGAACUCAAGGCACUUUCAGAACAAGUUGCCGAACUGCUGAGGGCUAAGAUAAAUGCGGAUGCCGCGGCUGUAGCGGCUGAUGCUCAAGCGGCUAAGAAGGUCCAGGAUGAGCUGGACGCCGAAGCAAGCAAAGAGAAGGAGGCACCACCGCGACCAUCGCAACUUACCGAAGAGGAAGUGGAAGCCGAGCGGAUUCGAAAGGCGGAGGCCAAGUUUCCAGGACUUACAAAGAAAGCAGCCGCUCAGGCUGCGAAGGAUGAUGCGCGGUUGGAAAGAGAAAGACGGAGGCUGGAAAGUUUCGCAGAAGACAACAAGAAGAAAAAGGCGGCCUCCUCCGUUUCAGCGCCGAAAAAGCGAAAGAGGGAACCCUCAAAGAAAGUUCAAAUAGCCGACCUGCUCAAUGAGGUCACCGAAACGGUCAUUUCGAGUAUACCGCAGCAGGCUGCUCAAGUCGAAGAGGAGGUUGAAGAACAACUGCAGCCCCGGUCUACAAGACAACGAGUUUCCGAACCGGCCAGUCAACCGCAACCGGAGAAGAAAAAGCGGAACAUAUAUGACUUCUCGGACUCGGAAUAG